AUGUCCAAAACUCGUCAGACUCGCCUCUGGAUCGCCGAACCGGAUCUCAUGCUCAGCGACCGGCAGGGUCUCAAGGACGAUUGCCAGAACAGCCCAUUCCAUCAGUCGUCCAUCACUCGACUACCACCCACCUCUCCAAUUCGAGAGAAUUUGGGGCCAAUGGACCAAUCCUUCGACAUGGCCGGGUCCGGCACCAAAACGGCGAUGCUCGAAGCCAUCAAUCCAAACGUGACCACCAGCAACUCCACCCAGACAAACUCAACUACCAUCGGCCCAUUCGACGGGAAUACCAGCAAACGCAACAUCUGGAUCAUGGCGGGUUUCAUGGCCGCUAUACUAGUAAUUUUUGGCGUGUUUUUCUAUUGUUAUCGGAAAAGAGCACAUCGAAAGGAACGUGAAGCAGGCAAUAUCAACCUUGCCAUCUCGCGACCCAACCCCAAAUAG